GAGCCCGGAGAAGAAGGAAUGGGAGGAUUUGACUUUCUUGUCGGCCUCAGCCAGGAGCUGCAUCGCCUCCUUCUCCUUCCCGGUGUUGUCCAUGGCGAGGAUCGCAGGCCGCAACGGUCACCGGGUACCAGGGGUGAUGAUGGGGCUAUAACGAGGGUCAAUCCCGGAGACGGGGUCUGCGGGGUGGUCUCUGCCUUCUGCUGACAGCUCGGCCUCGGGGAGGAGGGGGAAGAUAUCUCGAUGAGCCGCUGACACAGACCCGCAGCGCUACUUCCGCCCACACAGUGGGCAUGUGAUCACGCACGCACAUCACUUCCGCCCACAGCUCUUGUCAGCUGAGCCACACGUCAUGUGACCGAUUUAAAACCCCUAACCGGGCUGGAAGACUAGCGGGCAGGCAGACACGUCUAAAGCUGUGAAACCGAGGGUUGGUGGUGUACGUGACCUGUGGAUCCCGUUUCUGGUACAAUGAAGAUGAGCCUUGAAAAGGAGGCUGGCGGGUGCUCAACGUGGUGACUUCAAUCAGCCUCACGUGACGUCUUGAGAAAAUAGGAGACAGAAUAUCUAUGGUUAUUCACAACUAUAAGAUGGCAUCUGGUUUGGCGACCACCACACGAAGGAAACGAGAAAAGGUUGAUAGCCUUGAUGUAACGGCCUCCAACCUGUCUGUGGAUCUCUAUAAGUCCAAGAUGUGGAACUUCUACACAAAGCUUGGAGAUGCCUAUGUGGAAUGUAAAGUUUGCAAGAAGCAGCUUUCCUCACGUAACAAUACCACACUUCUGAGAGAACAUCUUGUAAGAAGGCAUAGCUUCCGUAGUUUUGGCAUCCCUAAUAGUAAGGAUCAGCUUGAACUGGACGUUCCGGAUCAGGAGGGGGCAGCCAAGAGACUGAGGCAAACGCUGCCCGUAAAUAGUCUGUGCUCCUCUGAAUCACGGGCACAAGUGGUUGCUAACUUGAUGCUGGAGAUGAUCUUCCUUGACCUCCAUCCUCUUUCUCUGGUUGAAGAUGAGGGGUUUUCCUUUCUCCUUGGAUAUUUGGAACCUAAUGUUGUUCUCCCCUGCCCAACACAACUAGCUGGCAUGUUGUGGCACAAGUACACAGUUGUUAAACAGCAACUCAAGUGUUGUCUUCACGCUGCCCACUCAGUCGUUCUUUCUACUGAGAGUUGGACCAAUCACUCAAAAAUGUCCUGCCUUGCUAUUACAGCAAAUGUAAUUGACAAAGACUGGAGGUUGUGCAGAUAUGUGCUGGAAACACAACAUGUUCUCCAAAGCAAAACCGAAGGGAGCCUUGCAAAGAGACUGAGUUCUGUACUGGAAGAGUUUGGAUUACCUAGUACCCUCAUAUCCAACAUUGUGCAUGAUCGAUUGGUAUCCAUGUCUGCUCACGCGGACUCUCUGAAGGAUACCCACGGUUGGACUAGUCUCUGCUGCACUUCUCAUGUCUUACAGCUUUGUGUCCAAGCUGGGCUAGAAGUUCAGGAAGUAAGUGAAGCAUUGUGUGCAGCAAGAGGUUUGGUUUCCUACUUCCAAGAGGACUAUAAAGCCAGCUGUUACCUCAGUGCCAAAUUGGAAGCUAUGAACAAACCCAGACUAGUGUUGGACUCGCAGAUGUACUGGAUUAGUACUUUAGAGAUGUGUCAAAAUUUACUGGACCUGAAGUGGGCCAUCCUUUCCAUUUUGGAGGAACAGACUGUUCAGAACCUGUCUGAGCAGCACUGGAAGUUGCUGCAAGACUUGGUGCCCAUGUUGAAGACCAUAUGGAUAGCUACAGAGUUCUUGCAGGAAGAACAAAAUGCCUCCAUCUCCUCAUUAAUGCCAUGUGUCCAUGGUAUCCUGACUGUGGUUGGGCAAACUUCUGAAGGCAGUAGCAUCCUUAAAGCAGCAGCAAGUGAAAUAUGUGCUGAGAUCUAUAGAAAUUGGGACAUGUUGGAUGAAGGGAAGUUAAUAACCAACCCAUCUGCAAUAGCUUCGUUUUUGGACCCUCGUUUCAAAGAUCUUAGGUUCCUUAAACCGUGGGCAAGGGGAGAACUACACAUGAGAGUGAGAAAUAUGCUUUUGCAGAUGUGCGAGCCGUCUUCCACUAACCAACCCUGGUCACUGAGUUGUGUAGUUGGAGGUGGCACUGAUGCUUCUCAGCUGUCUGCUCAGAAGGUCAGAGUACCCACAGUUGGAUCUGAAAAUGUGUAUGACCUUCUCCUGGGCAAGGAUCCAACGGAGAGCAUGCCUGAGGCACAUCAGCAACUGGAGGACUACAUACUGGAACCUAUCUGCAAACGUACCACUGACCCUCUGGGGUGGUGGAAGAUUAAUCAGCACCGCUUUCCAACAUUAGUGCUGUUAGCCCGCCAGUAUCUUGCUAUACCGGUCACUGCUGUAAAGCCUGCACAUGCCUUCAGUACAAAGCUAGACUCACUGACAAAGCGCCGAGCUGCUCUAGAUUUAAAAAACAUGGACCAGAUCCUUUUCUUACACCAGAAUAAAGACUUACUAGAAAGGGGCGUGAAAGCAAGUGAGUAAAACUUUUAUCCAAAGCAGCAGCUUUUUGUUUUUUCCUUUUUUCUUUUUCUUCUUUUUCUUUCCAAUGUGCAAUAAUAUCACUACAUGGAGGAAAUGACGCUUUCACUGGUUACAAAGCUCUCUUACAAUGGCCACAUAUACGCUGCAGGGGAACACCAGUGGAGAGUAUUUCCAUUCCCUUAUUACCGCACCAGGUUUUCACUUCUCCUAUACGACUCUGCACUACUCUCUCCCUUCAUGUGCACUACUGUAUAGAACAUGUAAUAACUGCUGCUGCUUAAAGAAACCCUGUAAAUAUCUGUAUAGUUGCUUGUGAAUAAUUACCUUUUUGCUAUUUUGUAGCCUGUUUUGUACGAUUUUUAAAGUAUUACAAAGAAAAAAAUUCACUGUCAGAUAAUUUAUUAGUACAUAUAGCGCACGUUUUCAUUGAUGUUUUCUAAUAAAGAAAUUUUGUUACUGAA